GAGAAAGUCAAGCACCCACAAAACUUAACUUCGUUUUAAUCUUGGUUAUAGCGAGUGAACUGUACCUUCUUCCCUUCUCUCUGCCUCUCCCUUCUAGGAUGUCAAUGGCUUCGUUGCUUCGAAUAAUACCAUCCCCUCUCAUUCUCCUUCUAAUCUCCAUCACGAUUUCGGCCUCCGAAUCACAUCCGAUGCAAGGGAUUUGUUCGGUGGAGUGCGACACAGAGCUCACUUCUUCUUCGGGAAAGAUUCUUAUAAAGCAAGGAACUGUGGUCAACGCUCAUCACAAGGUUCUAGCGGAUGUUUACAUAGAGGACGGGAUCAUCGUCUCUGUUCGCCCUAACAUUGCGGUUGGUGAUGAUGUGAAAGUUAUUGAUGCUACUGGGAAGUAUGUCAUGCCAGGUGGAAUUGAUCCGCACACGCACUUGGAGAUGGAUUUCAUGGGAACUGGGACGAUAGAUGAUUUUUACACUGGUCAAGCUGCUGCACUGGCGGGGGGAACAACAAUGCAUAUUGACUUUGUUAUUCCAAUUAAUGGGAAUCUAUCUGCUGGUUUUGCAUCUUACGUGCACAAAGCCAAAAAGUCUGUCAUGGAUUAUGGUUUCCAUAUGGCCAUAACCAAGUGGGAUGAAGCAGUUUCAAAGGAAAUGGAACUCAUGGUCAAAGAAAAUGGGAUCAAUUCUUUCAAAUUCUUUAUGGCAUACAAAGGAGCAUUGAUGAUCAAUGACGAGCUUUUACUUCAUGGUCUUGAAAAGUGCAAGUCUCUAGGUGCGCUAGCCAUGGUCCAUGCAGAAAAUGGAGAUGCUGUUGCUGAAGGGCAGAAGAGGAUCUUUGAUCUCGGAAUAACUGGUCCAGAGGGGCAUGCACUUUCAAGGCCUCCUGUGUUGGAAGGUGAAGCAACUGCCAGGGCAAUUCGGUUGGCUAGCUUUAUUAAUGCACCACUGUAUGUUGUUCAUGUGAUGAGCAUCGAUGCCAUGGAGGAAAUUGCCAAAGCUAGAAAAUCAGGUCAAAGGGUUAUUGGUGAACCUGUAGUUUCUGGUUUGACCCUUGAUGAAUCAGGGCUUUGGGACUCCGACUUCACAACUGCUGCAAAAUAUGUUAUGAGUCCUCCAAUAAGGAGAACAGGACAUGACAAAGCCCUCCAGGAUGCACUUGCUACAGGAAUUUUGCAGCUUGUCGGAACUGAUCAUUGCACAUUCAACUCAACACAAAAGGCAUUUGGGUAUGGGGACUUUAGAAAAAUUCCGAAUGGCGUUAAUGGUAUAGAGGAAAGGAUGCAUCUUGUCUGGGAGACAAUGGUGGAGUCUGGGAAAAUAUCUGUAACAGAUUAUGUGCGUAUAACAAGCACUGAAUGUGCUAAAAUAUUCAACAUAUAUCCUAGAAAGGGAGCAAUUCUAGAAGGUUCUGAUGCUGAUAUAAUUGUACUCAAUCCUAAUGCAAGCUUCAGAAUAUCUGCUAUUUCUCACCAUUCUAGAUCUGAUACUAAUGUGUAUGAGGGGAAAACUGGGAAGGGCAAAGUGGAGGUGACAAUUUCAGGAGGAAGAGUGGUCUGGGAAGAGGGAAAUCUGAAGAUAACUUCAGGUUCCGGGAAGUACAUAAAAAUGCCACCUUUUAGUUAUCUAUUUGAUGGCAUUGACAAGGCAGAUGCUGCUUAUCUAGCUUCUCUUCGUUCUCCAGUUCAUAGAACAGGAGCAGCUUACUGAGAACAGCAGCCUUGAAUGAGAUUUAGGUUUUGUUUGAGACGGCAUUUUUAUUGCUUUUAAAUCAAAUUUCUAGCACAAAAAAUAUAUUUUUUAUAUAAAAAGCUGCUUGUAAAAAAACAGUCCCAAACGAAGCUUUAUAUGAGUAUAAUUCAUAAAAGCUUUUAAUUACAUAACUGGUACUUUAUUUUCAAGGAUGUUAACCUUUUAAAGUGCUUCUACUUUGAGGUGGUCUAUGAAGAGAUCAUCAAUUAUCAGUAUAUAUUUGAAGUAUUGUAUAAUUAGCUUUCUUGUACAUAUUCAUUUAUAUGAACAAUAAUAUUGUUUAGGUGAAAGAA